ACAGGAGGGCUUGUGAGGUUGUGACCAGACUACACACAUCAAGUGUUUACGUGUAGUCGUACUCAGCAAAGGGCAGCUACGAUCGCCACGUUCUGCAUAGAUGCUGCGUUGGUGAUGACCGUGUGUCUCGUGUAAGAGGAGGCAGAAACCUCGUCGUCUAGUGCCUGGCCCAGGGCCUGGGGAAGUUCCAGGCCAGCAGUUCUUGGUCCAGGGAAUGAAGGCAGGACGAUUCCCACAAAGGCAGACUGCACCUUACCUAGCGCCCACAGAGGCGGUUCUGGGCACAGGGGACCGCUGGUGCGGAGGCACCGCUGUGGGGUAGGGCAGGAAGGCGAAGAGGAAGCUGAGAAGCUGCUCCAACGGAGCCUUGAAUGCCCUGGCCGGGAUUUUGGUCUCAUCCCCUGGGUGGAGACCGAAGGGCACCGCUCCCGCGCCGCGCACGCCGCCAGAGCCCGGAGUGCGGACCCCCCCGGGAUGUGAGUGCGCCCCUCGACCCCGAGGCCCGCGCUCCACGCUCCGAUCCGCGGCCUGAGCCCAAGAGGACCCCCACCCGCAGCCCCCACACCGCCCACAGGCCCGCCGGGAGCAUGCUGCCUGCGGCCAUGAAGGGGCUCAGCCUGGCGCUGCUGGCCGUCCUGCUGUGCUCCGCGCCCGCUCAUGGCCUGUGGUGCCAGGACUGCACCUUGACCACCAACUCCAGCCAUUGUACCCCGAAGCAGUGCCAGUCGUCGGACACAGUGUGCGCCAGUGUCCGGAUCACCGAUCCCAGCAGCAGCAGGAAGGACCAUUCUGUGAACAAGAUGUGUGCCUCUUCCUGUGACUUCGUGAAGCGACACUUUUUCUCAGACUAUCUAAUGGGAUUUAUUAACUCUGGGAUCUUAAAAGUCGACGUGGCCUGCUGUGAGAAGGAUUUGUGCAAUGGGGCGGCCGGGGUGGGGCGCAGCCCCUGGGCCCUGGCAGGGAGCCUCCUGCUCAGCCUGGGGCCUGCCCUGCUCUGGGCUGGGCCCUGAGGUCUGUUCCCUCCUAGGGGCUUCUGAGCUUGUUCCCUUGAGCUUGUCACUGCCCCCUCCCCAGCCUCUCCUGGCUGGGGCUGGGGGCAGUCUCAGCCCAGCUCCGUGGCCUGUGGCUCUCACCCCACCCCAGCCAUGAAUUUUGUCUCCCUGUCUCUCCAUGAGCUCUGAGUCCCAGGCAGCUGGAAAUCCCCAGGAAGCCUGGCAUCUGGGCAGAGGGCAGGGGGUUGGGACCCCGGGUCCUAGAGGGGAGGUGAACCCAAGCAAGGCACAGCCCAACAUCCUGGCUGAAAGGCCACCUUCGACAGAGAAAUAAAGUCACUUCUGAGUCCUGA